UUUGGAGGGAAAGCAUAAGUUAAAUCCAAACAAAACUGAAAUCGGAUAUAGUGAGUUUGAUAUCAGAACGCAUUUGAUCCAGUUAACAAGUUUUACAAUUUAUUUAAUUAUCCACUAUGGGUAGCCUUUGGGUAGAUAAACACCGACCUAAGAGUUUUGCUCAGCUUGAUUAUCAUAAAGAACAAGCUAAUCAUUUAAGAAAAUUGGUAAAUAGUGGUGAUUUUCCUCAUAUUUUACUCUAUGGUCCUCCAGGAGCUGGCAAAAAAACUCGAGUUAUGUGCCUCUUGCGCGAGCUUUAUGGAGCAGGUGUUGAAAAAUUACGAAUUGAGCAUCAGAUAUUCGAAACGCCCUCUAAACGAAAAGUUGAAGUCAUUACAAUUGCUAGUAAUUAUCAUAUAGAAGUCAAUCCAAGCGAUGUAGGUAUAUAUGAUCGAGUUGUGAUUCAAGAACUUCUUAAAACUGUUGCACAGACUCAUCAACUAGAUAGUCAUACACAAAAGGAAUUCAAAGUGGUGGUUUUGAUGGAAGUGGAUAAACUCACAAAAGAUGCCCAGCAUGCAUUAAGACGUACAAUGGAAAAAUACAUGGCAACCUGUCGAAUAAUUCUUUGUUGCAAUUCAAGUAGCAAAGUAAUUCCAGCCAUUAGGAGUCGUUGUUUAGGGGUGCGUGUUGCUGCACCUAGUUUAAAUGAGAUAGCUGCAAUUCUUCAGAACAUCUGUCGUAAAGAAUGUCUUUCCUUGCCUGCUGAAUUAGCUCAAAGAAUUGCUGAGAAAAGCAAUCGCAAUUUAAGGAGAGCUAUAUUGAUGUGUGAAGCAUGCAGAGUUCAACAAUAUCCAUUUUCUGCUGAUCAAGAAAUAGUUGAACCAGAUUGGGAGGUAUUUCUCAGAGAUACUGCAAAUUUCAUAGCUCAAGAACAGAGUCCAAAAAGGCUUGCAGAAGUACGAAAUAGGAUUUAUGAGCUUAUUUCCCACUUAAUACCAACAGAUAUUAUUUUCAAGGGGCUGCUGAAGGAAUUAGUGAAUAAUUGUGAUGGUCAAUUAAAAGGUGAAGUGACACAGCUUGCAGCAUUUUUUGAACACCGCUUACAGCUUGGAAGUAAAGCUAUUUACCACAUUGAAGCAUUUGUAGCAAAAUUUAUGGCUUUGUACAAAAAGUUUUUAGAAGAUAAUAUGGCUGAUGUAUACUAAAAGAAUAUUUUGAAUUUUUCUUCGCUAUUUUUUUAAUAAAAAUCCAUGUAUUCUAUUA